AUGACCGCUUUCAAUACUCUGCCGCUCCAUGAGACUCUCAACCUGUAUGUCUCCCCUACAGCUUAUGUCUUUGAACCAGCUUCAUCUUCAUCUGGGGCACACGGAUUCGAUGGACCCGCUUUUAUCAAUGAGAAAGAUUCAAGGGAGAGCUUGUACGUUGAUAGAAGGACAGGUAGGAUGAGCUUGAAUGAAACAUCCCAAAUACCCUUUGGCAAAGAAAAAGUUAUAACAUGCUAUGGUAUAAUCGGAGUUCUGAGUCUUGCUACAACCGACUUCUUAUUAAUUAUAACAUCAAGAACACCAUCAUGUAGAUUAUUAUCACAACCAAUCUACUUAGCAACAGAUUUCAGAUUAUUACCUUUAUCACCUUUAUCAACUUCAGCUACGAUAUUAGAUCAUCCAGUUGAGAAAGAAUUGAUAUCACUCGUUGAACAGGGGUUAAAAUCCGGUAGAUUAUGGUUCUCUUAUGGAUGGGAUUUAACCAAUACCUUACAAAGGCAAAAAGAAUUGGAAGAUCAAGAUCAGAGUAAUGAUACGAAUGAUCGGCCAAUGCCACUCUGGAAAAGAGCAGAUGAAAGAUUCUUUUGGAAUAGAUACCUAAUGGGUAAAAUGAUUGAUUUAACUGAGAAUGGUGGUGUCGAUUUGGGCAGGUUCAUCUUGCCUGUCAUGUAUGGAUCUGUCGAAUUACGAUCAACCUCGAUCCACUCUCGGGAUUUACUCUUCCUGCUGAUUUCGCGAAGAUCAAGACACCGUGCGGGUACAAGAUAUUUCUCGAGAGGUUUGAAUUCUCAAGGAUACGUUUCUAAUUUCAACGAGACAGAACAGAUAGUUCUCUUUGAUCCAUUACCUGAGAACGGCGAACAGAUAAGAAGAGGUAGAGUUGACGGUAGAGAACGAUUGAGUUUCGUUCAAACUAGAGGAAGUGUUCCUCUUUUCUGGGCUGAAGUCAAUAAUUUAAGAUAUAAACCGGAUUUGCAAAUUAUGGAUUAUACAGAGACUCCAAACGCACUAGCUAACCACCUCCAUUCAUUGAUAAAUAUAUACGGUCACGUUCAUCUAGUCAAUUUGGUAAAUCAAAAAGGACACGAACAACCAGUCAAAGAAGCAUUCGAGAAAUACAUUUCAAUGGUGUCUUCAUCCGAUCCAAUAAUAUCUGAAAAAGCUCAUUAUCUGUAUUUCGAUUUUCAUCACGAAUGUCGUAAAUUAAGAUUCGAUAAAAUUCAAUUAUUAAUUGAUAGAUUAGAAAAUGAUUUGAAUUCAAUGGGAUGGUUCCAUUCUAUAAAUCCCUCUUCUUCACAAUAUGGUCAACCACAACACCAUUCAACCUUUCAACAUCAACAGCAACAACAAACUUCUAAGAAUGACACGGUUAUAUUAAGCAAACAAGGUGGUGUCAUUAGAUCAAAUUGUAUGGAUUGUUUAGACAGAACGAAUGUGGCUCAAUCAGCUUUAGGUAGAUGGGCUUUGAACAAACAACUUGUAAUGGCAGGUGUAUUAAGUCCGAAAGAAUCAGUUGAGGAUCAUGAUGAAUUCAUGAACAUGUUUAGAAAUGUAUGGGCAGAUCACGGUGACACCGUCUCAAGAGCGUACGCCGGCACAGGAGCGUUAAAAGCGGAUUACACCCGAACAGGUAAAAGAUCAAAAGAAGGGAUGUUGCAAGAUGGUUAUAAGAGUGUGAUGAGGUAUAUCAGAAACAACUUCUUCGAUGGUGACAGGCAAGACGCUUUCGAUAUCCUCACCGGUGCUUGGGUAGCAAGACGAGGAGGGAUCCCUCCGUUAACAGAUACAAGACCUUUACUCAUGAGAGCUAUGCCUUAUGUGCUCGCUUUCGCAGUCACCAUGAUCUUGGCAGCUUUGACAUUACCACGAACAAGUGAUUUAUCCAUUUACUCGUUCUUGGUGCUCUGGGUAUUCUUGGCCUUCUUCUCUUCCUCUUACAUCUGGGGCAAUGGAACAUCAUACGUAUCGUGGCCAAGACUAAACCCGCCUCUCGAAGUGUUAUCGUGGAAUGGUCCCGGAGCUAGAUCUGCUGCUCGUGGAAGAGGUCUAUCAUUAGCUAAUGUCGUACCCAUAUUCAAUAAGAAAACCUCGUCAUCUACAAAUACUGGGCUCGGAAGUAGACCAGCUGCUUAUAAGAUGGAAGAAGUUGAAUUGGGUAAAAGAAAAGGUGCAUUGAUUGAUUAA